AUGGUUGAGUCCCACAGCUGCCAGCCCCUUACUGCCAAGCUCACGCUGCUGCAGCCUCAUUGGGCCACCAUGGCUGGAGGCCCUGGAUCCCCUCACUUGGGAUGGGUGGCAGAUGCCAGGCCCUGCGGCUCGUAUGAUGGAGUCCCCACAUGGCUGAAGAAUAAAACUGUGGGCCUGACAAACCUGAAUAAGUUGUGUUUACUUUAUUUGACCCAUUUGUCUGACAUUGGAGAAGGAAUGGAUUUACAUAUUCAAGUCUCUACCUGUGACCUUGAAGAAUUUCAAUUAGUCUCCUGCUGCCUGUCCGCAAAUGCAAUAAAAACCCUAGGUAACUGUUGUCUCAGUAGAAACUGCAUAAUAGAACAUGUGAAUCUUCAUAAUUUGGUCAAUCUUAAAAUUCUUGAUUUAUCUGAAAAGUACCUGGGAAAGGACGGAAAGGAAGCUCUACAUGAAUUGGGUAAGAAUGACAAUUCAGCCCAAAUCAGAUACAGGAAUAUGUGUGCUAAUUGGCAGGCUAAACCUCCCGAACAGCUAGCUGUACUGAUGCUGCCCUGGUGGUGUGAUGUGAGAAUGGCCAGCCUGUUAGAGCGACUGAAAGGGGCCCCACAGCUAGUCAAACUUGGGUUGAAAACCUGGAGCCUCACAGAUGGGGAGAUUAGAAUCUUAGAAACACAAGAUGGUUGUCAGACUAAAAAAGAAAGAAGAGUUGAAGACAGGAGAGAAGUUGAUGAAAAAGGAGAAAACGCAGGUGCUAUCUGUUCCUGUUCCCCUUCAGCCGUUUAUUUUACACUAAAAAACAGUCUGGUUGGGCUUCAGUCAAAAAUUGAUGGGUGA